AUGAGACAAGAUGGAGCGAAAGCUCUGGAGAAGAGGAGCCGAGAUGGACCUUCUGGACUCUCCACUGGCACAGUGGGGGACACUGGCAUGGGACCCAGAUCUUCGACUAGAAGUUCCCGGACGACGAGAGGUGAUUCCUCGGUAGAGGAACAAGAGCCUCCACGGCGAGUGGCCCACGGAGUGCCAGCGGAGCGGCUUACAGCCCCGCAGGGCAAGAGGGAUGGUACUCUCCUCUCUGGUGAGCCUCCCAAUAAGUUGGUAAGACCUUUAGAACAGACGCUGACUGGUGGAACUUCCAACUCUGCGAUUUCCGGAGCAAAGGAAAGAUUGAGAGAGAAGAGAGCUGCUGCUGCUGCUGCUGCAACUGUUGUGGCUCCUGGAGCUUCUGGAUCCUCUGGAUCCACUGGAUCCUCAGGAACGACUCAAGGUGGGCUUUCGAUUGAAUUGCAUCCCUUGCUUCGAAAUAUGGCACCCACUAAGGCAUCUGCCAACCCUGUGAAGCAGAGAAACGUGCGGUCGAUGUUUGACCCUUCAGCAAUCAACCCGUACCUCGACCAGGCGGCAGGUGGCACCAUCAUCUCAAGACCAUCGAGACCGCUCCAAUUCAACCCGAGGGGCAAAUACAUAGCACAGGGAGACCAGAUGAGACGGACGUUGGCACAGGAACAACGCGAGAGGGAUCAUUUCCUCCAACAAAAGGAUGCCGGGUUAACUGCCAACGAGGCUCUUGCAGAACAUCUCUAUAAAAUAGUCCCGCCACCAACUGUGGAAUGGUGGGAUAAGCCAUACCUUCGGGACCCACUCAAGGGGUAUGUGGCAGACCUUGAAGACACAUCCCUGCUUGUUUUGGACAAUGAGGACGCCCCCGUGUCUUUAUACAUUCAACAUCCGGUGUUCCUUGCCGCUCCUUGGGAGCGCCAUGAGGAGGCAUCCAUACAACAGAAGGGUUCCACCCUCAUGCUCACUCCCAAGGAACGGAAACGUCUUCGUCGUAACAACAGGCUCUCGGCACUCCAGGAUAAGCAAGACCGGAUCAAGCUUGGCCUUGACCCACCUCCACCGCCCAAGGUGAAGCUUUCCAACCUUAUGAACGUUCUCACGAACGAGGCGAUCCAAGACCCCACGGCAGUGGAAAUGAGAGUCCGUCAGGAGGUUGAGGAAAGGUUUGAAACCCACAUGCGCGCGAAUGAUGCCCGGAAGCUCACUAGAGAGCAACGACAUGCCAAGGACCAUGCACAACGAGAUAAGGACCUCCAAAGGGGUUAUCACACAGUUGUAUUCAAGAUAGACAGUCUUGCCAAUGGGCAGCAUUUCUACAAACUUGAUCUCAAUGCCAAACAAUUGGAGUUGGUGGGCAUUUGUCUAUGCAACCCAAAAUUCAAUUUGGUGGUUGCCACGGGUGGUGAGAAGGCGAUCAAGUUCUACAAGAAGCUUCUCACCCAACGGAUCAAAUGGACAGAGUAUGUGAAGCCCAAAGAGGAUCAGGGAGUCGAAGGAGACGCUAAUGUUGAUCUUUCAACCAACAGGUGCACCCUCAUUUGGGAGGGACAAUCCAAAGAGCUUGGGUUUAAGAAAUGGUCUAUCAUGAGAUCUCGUGAUGACGACGAAGCUCUACAGGUGUUGCAUCGGUUCAAUGUGGAGAACCAUUGGAGACAAGCUGAGGCCAUUCACGGCCCGGACUCAGUGGGAAAUUGA